CAGCCACAACUUCCAAACAGCACCUUUUCCUCCCAUUCCUUCACAUAUAAAAUACAUUCAAAAAUCUCUUCUUCAUACUCUUCAUAUAUAUAAACACACACACACACACACACACACAUAUAUAUAUAUCUUCUCUUUGGGUUAAAAUUCUAAAUGGGGGAGGCAUCAGUUGAGAUUGUUCAUGCCAUCAAUGGCUUCACCAAGAACUGCUAUGUAGCUGACAUGAGGGAUGUCAAUAGUGAAGAUGACAAUGACAGUAGCUGCUGGUAUGAAGAAAUCCUCGACGAAGAUCUCAAAUGGUCCUUUGCCUUGAACAGAGUGCUGCACAAAGGGACUAGCGAGUUUCAGGACAUUGCUCUCUUGGACACAAAGCGCUUUGGGAAGGUGUUAGUGAUUGAUGGUAAGAUGCAGAGUGCAGAGGUGGAUGAGUUCAUAUACCAUGAAUGCUUGAUUCAUCCUCCCUUGUUAUGCCACCCCAACCCGAAAACGCUGUUCAUAAUGGGAGGCGGAGAGGGCUCUACGGCUAGAGAAGUGAUCAAGCAUAAGACAAUUGACAAGGUUGUCAUGUGUGACAUCGACCAAGAAGUGGUCGAUUUCUGCCGGAGAUAUCUGACGGGCAACCGUGAGGCAUUUUCAAGCAAGAAGCUGAGCAUUGUCAUCAACGACGCAAAGGCUGAGCUAGAGAAGAGGAAUGACAAGUUUGAUAUAAUAGUUGGAGAUCUGGCAGACCCAGUUGAAGGAGGGCCAUGCUAUCAGCUCUACACCAAGUCCUUCUAUGAGAACAUCGUCAAGCCCAAGCUCAACAAAAAUGGCAUCUUCGUCACUCAGGCUGGACCGGCAGGCAUUUUCACACACAAGGAAGUCUUCACAUCCAUUCACAACACAAUUAAGCAAGUCUUCAAGUAUGUGAAGGCUUACACUGCUCAUGUCCCUUCAUUCGCUGAUACAUGGGGAUGGGUCAUGGCCUCGGAUCAGCCUCUGGAGAUCGACCCUGAGGAGAUCGACAAAAGGAUCGAGGAGCGAAUCGGAGGAGAGCUGCUCUACCUGAAUGGGCCGUCAUUCCUGUCCUCGACUACUUUGAACAAGACCAUCUCGACAUCGCUUUUGAAUGAGACCCAUGUCUACACUGAAGUAGAUGCCAGAUUCAUCCACGGACAUGGACUUGGAGUGGCGCCUUACCGCUUUUGAAGCGGAGCUUUGAUGUAUAGAGAAAUGGGGACCAAAUGUGUAAUUUGGAUUAUAAUUUUCUGGUUGAUUUUCCUUGAUAAGGAAUUAAUCAAUUUGUCAUCAAAUGUUUCAAUUCUAUGUUUAUGUUAAGCUUUGUUAAUUUUGAACUGUUCAACCGGUCAAAUUACUUUUCUUUAUCAAGUUGUUAUUCCUCGAUCUGUUCAGAAUGAGCACUACAUCGAUCGAUUCGUUUUUCAA